AUGGCAACUGAGAUUACUCCGCCCGGGAGUUUUCUUGAAGCUCCUCUUACUCCUCCGCCCACGGAAGAGAAAACGUCGUCGCGAAGUACUCAACGCGCGCUGAACUAUUUUAAACUCCAUCGUGCAGGUUACAGGCCACAAUACUGGUGGCAACAUCGCCUCAAAUUGGCAGAUUAUACAGAGACUUUACGUGUGCUUGAUAGUGACCAGUCUCUACGAGAAUACGUUAGAGACAAAGUGAGAUACGACUAUGAUCCAUAUUCUUCCAGUUUAUCUAUCCGAAUGCCAAGCCCCGUCCAUGACGUUUUCUGCGCAAAGAUAGUCGAGGAGAUCUUACGGCAAUUACAACACUUCCAGCAGCGCGACGGAGCUUCCUCUGAAUUUGUAAACGAGGUUACGCAUCUUACCACUUCGCGAAUUCUCAUACCCGACAUCAUAAGGGAUGGAAAGCCGACAUAUUCCCAACGAGAACCUGACGCAUCUUUCAAACAUAGACGGGCCCGUUAUCCAGGUGUUAUCAUCGAGGUCUGUUACUCACAAAAGAGCCAACGUGUCUCCCACUUGGCCGAUGAGUAUAUCUUGAACACAGAUAGAAGUGUUAACGUUGUGAUUGCUCUCGAUAUUGAUUAUCGCGGGUCUCGGAAAGCCACUUUUACUGUAUAG